GCCGCGCACCGGAAGUGGUCGUUGGUGUUUCCGGGACACGUCGCGGCCCGGGUUGAUGGUCGGCGAUGGAGACGGUGUUCGCGCUGCCAUUCGCGCUGCUGGAGUGUCCCAACGUGAAGCUGAAGAAGCCGGGAUGGCUCCACAUGCCGUCUGCCAUGACUGUGUACGCCUUGGUCAUCAUCUCCUACUUCCUGAUCACCGGCGGUAUCAUUUAUGAUGUGAUUGUGGAGCCACCCAGUGUGGGGUCGAUGACAGAUGAACAUGGCCACCAAAGGCCUGUCGCAUUCUUAGCGUACAGAGUGAAUGGACAAUACAUUAUGGAAGGUCUUGCUUCUAGUUUUCUGUUUACAAUGGGAGGUCUGGGGUUUAUAAUCUUGGAUCGCUCAAAUGCACCCAAUAUUCCAAAACUGAAUAGAUUCCUGCUUCUGUUCAUUGGCUUCGUCAGUGUCCUAUUGAGCUUUUUCAUGGCCAGAGUCUUUAUGAGAAUGAAAUUGCCAGGUUACUUGAUGGGCUAAUUUCAAGUUUGAAGAUCUAAAACUGCAGUUCAGAGUGGAGCAACAGACUCAAAACUGCAAUUAAAAAAUGUGAUAUGGACACGGACAUUUGUAAAGAAAACAAUAAAUAUGUUUUUACAACAAGUGUUGUUACAUAUGGUGGUGUAGCUUUAUUAGCUACUGAACUGAAUCAAUUCAAAGAUAACUGCCAAUUGUUAGUUUCACUAUUUGUAGAGUAGUAGGGAGAGGAGUCUGCAUGCUCAGCCUGUGUUUUGCGAUAGCUGACUAAAAAAGAAAGCAUCAUCUGUACAGUGCCCUUCCUAAUCUCAGGAUGUUCCAAAGUGCUUUGUCACCACUGAAGAGUUGUCACUGUUGUAAUACAGCAAAACAGCAGCUAAUUUCUGCACAGCAAGGACAUGUGGCAACAUAAAAAUGAUAAUACCUAUUCUGGUGAUAUUGGUCAAGGGACAAAUAUUAGCUUGGAUACCAGUGGGAACUUUCCAUUUGUUCAUAAUGGGGUGAUGGGGACUUCUGUGCCAAAAGAUGGUGCCACCAGUAGCGCAGCACCAAAAUUCCAGCAUGUAUUAUAUGUUCAUGUCACUGGAGUGGAACUUGUACUCAAACUCUCUGAGGCAAGAUUGCUACCUGCUGAGCUACAGCUAACUAACAGGCUGCCCUUCUACAAAUGUUAAGAAAAGAAUGUUGUUUGGAAUAUUGCAUUUAUUUUAAUCACUUAUUUCUGAAAGAAUUAUUUUUUUUAAUUGCACAAAACUGUUAAUUAAAAUCAUUGCCUGUUGGAACUCUUUGUGGUGCAGGCUGUCUAGCGCAUUGAACAUUACACUUUUGUAAUAAAAUUGCAGAGCUGAAUUCUGAUCGUGACUUAAA